AUGCGCGUCCAUGUGUUUGAGUGCCUUGUCAAAGCGAUUGAAGGUGCAAACUCCUACUUCAAGCAAAAGGAGGAUGCCAUUGGCCGUCUUGGGCUCAGUGGUUUGCAGAAGGCAGUUGCUGCUAUUCGCAUUCUUGCAUAUGGUCUACCCGCUGAUGCUGUAGAUGAGUAUGUCCGUAUUGGUGAGUCAACUGCUCGUAAGGCUCUCCACCAUUUUUGUCGGGCUAUCAUUUCUGUAUUCGGGGAGUACUAUCUAGGUGCUCCGAAUGCGGAAGAUGUAGCACGGCUUCUCAAAAUUGGAGAGCAACGUGGAUUUCCAGGAAUGUUGGGAAGCAUUGAUUGUAUGCACUGGGAGUGGCACAAUUGCCCGUCGGCAUAUAAAGGCAUGUUCACAGGACGUGGGAAGCAUCCAUCCAUGAUACUUGAGGCGGUAGCUUCGCAUGACCUUUGGAUAUGGCAUGCCUAUUUCGGCAUGCCAGGCAGCUGCAAUGAUAUUAAUGUCCUUCAAAAGUCGCACGUCUUCUCCGUAUAUUUGAAAGGCCAAGCAGCUCUAGUAUCAUUCAGUGUUAAUGGUCACACGUAUGACAUGUGUUAUUAUCUUGCUGAUGGUAUGUACCCCAAUUGGCCGACUUUUGUGAAGAUAGUUUCCCAUCCCGUGGAUACGAAGGCAGCACACUUUGCUAAGGAACAGGAAAAAGUUCGUAAAGAUAUUGAGCGCACUUUUGGUGUCCUUCAGUCUAGGUGGACUAUUGUUCGAGGCCCUGCAUAUGGUUGGAAUCGUGAAUGGAUUAGGGACAUUAUGACAGCGUGCAUAAUUUUGCAUUAUAUGAUUAUCGAGGAUGAAGGGAAACUUGCAGAGAAUACGGACUACGACAAUGUUGGGGUUCCUGCUACUCCAUACCAGACCAUAACCCAAGAGAGAGUGGAGUAUGUUAAUAAACAUCAUAAGUUGAAGAAUACUGCCAUCCAUAGCCAGUUGCAGAUGGAUCUUAUCGAACACCAAUGGAUGUUGCAUGGUUCAUCCUAA